UGCAGGUCUCGCGGCUCGCAUUCCCUUGAUCUCUGCUUCAAAUUCAUGAAACAGAAUAAAUUAAAAAUAAUAAUUCGUCUGUUAUUGGAGUGAGGUGUAACGUAACGCUGAAAAUUCGAUCGUCAGUGAUCCUGGAGGCAUCAUGUCACGAAUAAUUGGGUUCAACAAUAAGCCAAGCAGAGCAAAAAUGCAUCGCCAGAGCAUCCUUGCUGAAAAUUUGGACAAGAUUUUCAAGCAACAUCAAAGUCAGCACUUGGCCCGUCAAUAUGCGUCUGAGCUUAUAGCGCGCUUGGCUGAAGCAAACAAGAAAAUCGAGCCAGUCUUCUGCAGGAACAGGAGAGUCAAGAGGCCCCCAAGAAGGUUCUUACUCGAUGCACUGGUCAACAGCAGCACUUUCAACAGCGAAGACAAGGACGAAAUAUUCCUGGAGACAGAAAAGGAGAAACCUGAUUGCAAUCAGGACUUCAACACUCCUCACAAAGAAUCCAAGGUGAUGACGCAGAUUGAAAAAACUCAGACCCGUCGAAAGAGGUCUAUGAAAAGGAUUGCAAACCGCGAAGACAAGGGCCCCAUUCCUGAAAAACAUCCAAAAGUGCCAAAUAUAGAUAAGGAUCAACCUAGAACUUGGACCGCUGACUGCGAACGGAACUUCAACUCUCCCCAUGAGCAAUUCAAGAUGAUCAUGAAGCAGACUGGAAGAGCUCAGACGACUGGAAAGAAGACCAGGAAAAGGAUUGCAUACUGUGAUGAGACACCAAUAUUCCGUCAAUCCCCCUAUCCAGUCAAUCCAGUCAAAAGAUCCAUGACGAAAUACGGAAAGAAUGAUUUUCCCACCUUGCAACGCAUCAAAUCGGUCUCAUACAGGGUUCUUAACUCUGAGAGAGGAUUCCGCAAUGCAUCUGUGCCUACAGGCUUCAUGAGAUACGUCACGAUGAGAACAAAACAACGACUAGGAAACAGAUUUGAUGUGUACUAUGCGGCACCUGACGGCAAGGUUCUCAGAUCAAGGCUGGAUUGCAUCACGUACCUGAUUGAAAAUCCUCACAUUGUCCGCGGCGUGAAGUCAGAUGAUUUUGAUUUUCACUUUGAGCCAUUCACCAACAUGAAAGUUGCCAAAGUGUGUCUCCCCAGACUUGAUAAGAUGCUGGUUGGUGAUCAGGCACCUGCUCAUUCAAAGCAUUGUCCAACUUUGGACGUUGCAAGUGAUUCAACUUCCAAAACAUUGAUUGUUUCACUGGAACGUUGUGACCGCCUCCUCAAGGACCUUGGACUUGUUAUCCAGUUUUGACCAUACCUUGAUGAAGAGCACCAAACGAGCCUUGAUAAUUCACCAUUAGUGGACAGCCGCCAUUAGAUGGCGCCUCCUUUUAUUGUUAAGACUGUGAGGCACUUUCGCUAGGAAUUCAAAUUCAAUCCUGCAUCUGUGCAUUAUACUUGAAAUAAUUCUGUUUUGUGGGAUGACGACCAAAUUCAGUCCAGACAAUCGCUGUAGAAUCGUUGGGAAUGAUAUUCCGUGUAAAAAUUGUUUUCUACGGCCAUGAGCAAAACGGAAUUAUGGUUGAAAAUAUGUGGCGAAUUCAGCAAUGCGAUAUUGCCUAAAGACUGAAUAUAUGGGUUCUCGAGAGAUUUGAAUGAUUCAAAUCUAAUCUCUGACAAUUAACGACUGAUCUAAAUUUUUCACGCUUAAUAUAUGGUUUGAAAAAAUCCUUUGACAUUUCGUUCCUGUUGCAGAGGUUCAUAUGGGCAUAGACUUUUUUUCCAAAAUCCCAAAUGACCAAGCCAUGAGUGGUGUAAAAUAUUUCCCCUAAGACUGCGAUUCACGAAGGAAUCUCUAGAAAGAUAUGUCUCUAAUUUUUGACUGUUGAAAUACGACCAUUUAAUAGAAUAAAACA